GUCGGAAAGUACACCUUCUCCGCCGAGGCGGUCGGGGAUGACGCCAAGGAUGCAGCCACUGAGUUUGAGUUUGUGGCCAUGGCCACUGAGAACGAAUCUGUGGUCCGUUGUUUUCCAGCCACAGGACGAACUCAUCAGAUCAGAGUCCACCUCCUCCACUUGGGAUUUCCCAUCGCAAAUGACAGUUGCUAUGGGGGUGAGCUGCGCCAGGAUUGCACCCUGCCGCUGAUUCCUCACGUUCGACAAGAGGCCCAUCUGGAUAAAGGUCAGUCUGCGGAACCAGAGGAAGCGGCCACGAUGCAUCCCAGUGGCAUCUUUCUUCAUGCCCUGACCUAUGCUCUGCCGGACGGCAGCUCUUUCACGUCCAAGGCUCCGACCUGGGCCUUGGUGAGUAGCGUUGAAUCGCUGGUGUCACCCUCGUAGUUUCAGUAGACGACAGCAUAGACAUCUUGGAGAAAA